UGCCAACAUAAACGGUCAAUACUGCUUCUCAGAUAAUCCGACGCUCGCCUUGCAUUGGGUGCUGCGAAUAUGGAUUUUCCGCAGCGGGUGGACGCCGAGAGCGUGCGGGAGCUGCUGCGCCUUCUCCGCGCGCGCGGGGGGCGCACGUGCGCCGCGCUGCUGGCCGAAGCUCUGCGCGGAAAAUUUGGUGCCCCUACUGAUUCUGAUGCUGAUGGCGAUGGCGCUGGUGGGUCCAAUGCUGACGUGUCACUGCGGGCCGUGCAUGAGGUAGCAUGGGAGCACAUCCACGGCGGCCCAUGGAAGGACGUCCACGUGGCAUGGCGCGACGCAUACGCGCUCACAUGCCUUGCCAUGGCCACAACAGCUAUUGCUGCCUCUAACCCCACUGCUUCCCCUGCUGCUCCUGCUACUCCUGCUGCUGCAGUUUCCGCUGCUACUGCCACCGCCACCACCACCCCCCUCCUUCUGAACAAGCCUGCUGUUACCACCACAGCUACCCCGACCCUCCCAACCCCUGCUCGACCCACCACAGCUGUCACCGCCACCACCACCUCCUCCGCCACUGCUCACACCAGCAGCGGCACGAGCAAGCAUUUUCUGGCAUCCCUCCGACUUCUGGACCUGGGUCUGAUGCUGGGCGGCAACAUGUUCCGCGCGGCUAUCAAUGUGGCAGUGCGCGAGAUAGAGGCGCGGGUGAAGGCUGAGGGGCGGCAACAUGUUCCGCGCGGCUAUCAAUGUGGCAGUGCGCGAGAUAGAGACGCAGGUGAAGACGCGGAGGGGGAGAGGGGGAAGGAGUGGGGGGAACGGGAGGAGGGGAAGAGGAGCGAGGAGCAACGGCAGCAGCGGCAACAGCAGGAGCAACCGCAGGAGGCGCAGCAACAGCAGCAGCAAGAACAAGGGCGCACACUGAGAGGGCAAACACCGGCCGAAAACCCACCACCCCACACCACUCCCCUAUUCUCCCAUCCCUUCACCCCUCCCAUCGCCUCCCCCACCCCCCCAGUCCCCCUCCCCCCCCGCGCCUUCUCCUCUCUCCCCAUGCCACGUGCCCACCUGCCGUCCCUCGAGCGCUUCCUCCAACACUACAUGCUGCCAGGCGUGCCCGUGCUGCUGCAGGGGGUGAUCGCCCACUGGCCUGCACUAAAACGCUGGGCGGAUUGGGACUAUCUGAAGAGAGUGGCUGGCGCCCGCACCGUGCCAGUUGAGAUGGGCAGCAGCUACCUGGCGGAGGGGUGGACGCAGGAGCUGAUGACUCUGGGUGACUUCAUUGACCGCCACGUCCUCACAAUUCCCAUUCUGCGUGCCGACAUCGACAUUCCCCCCUACUGCUGGCUCAGGGCGCCUGCCCCCCACUCUCAAAGUCAUGAGGACGACAGAGACGAUACUGGAGGCAGCACUGAAGGCAGCAGGAAAGAAGAGGACGAAAAGGUCGGAAGGAAAGAGGAGGGAGAGGAGAAGGAGGGGGAGGAGGGGGAGGAUCCGGUGGUGAAUGCGUGGUUCGGACCGGCAGGAACAUUGACGCCGCUGCACCAUGAUCCGUGCCACAACCUCUUCGCUCAGGUGGUGGGCUGCAAGUACGUGCGAGUGUACAGCAGCAGGGAGGACCACCUGCUGUACGCACACACGGAGAAGAUGCUCUCCAACUCCAGCCAGGUGGAUGUGGACGCGGUGGAUGGGUGUGCCUUCCCGCUCUUCCCCCUGGCGCCCUUCUGGGACGUGCUGCUGGCUCCGGGCGACCUGCUCUACAUCCCGCCGCGCUACUGGCACUACGUCAAGGCCACCCAGCCAAGCUGCUCCGUCAGCUUCUGGUGGAAACCCUCAAAGGCCUCCCACCCCUCAAACUAGUUUCUGGUGGAAACCCUCCCAACCCUCGAAGCCCUGCAAGCCUUCAUGCUAGCUUCUGGUGGAACCCCUCCCAGCCCUUUAAACCCUCCCAGCCUUCAGAGCCGUCAGUCAGUACUUCCAGCUAGCUUCUGGUGAAAGCCCUCCCAACCCUUUAAACCCUCCAAACCCUCUGUCGAGUGCAAGUUAGCUAGCCUCUGUGGUAUAGAUGGGCCUACCAGUGU